AUGAAUUUUAGAGAUGAUCCUCAGAACAGGGGUAAUUGUACCUCAAUCCAUUUGAACUGUCCCGUGGGGUACAUGCUUUUCUUGGUCACCAGCAACGGCGUUCCCUCAUUUCGAGUCAUCCUCAUCGCAUCCGUGAUACUACGUGUUGCGUUGAUUCUGUACAGCGAGUGGCACGACGCGCAUUCUGUUGUGAAGUACACGGACGUCGACUACCGUGUUUUCAGCGAUGCUACCACGUUUCUCCUACAUCCAAGCUACGCCAACUAUGCGCGCGGUAGAUUUGGGCAUCUUGUAAACCUAGGAGACCCGUAUACGCGAGCCACGUAUCGGUACACACCUCUCCUCGCGUUGCUCCUUGCUCCCAAUGAAUGGACACACCCUUCAUUCGGAAAAUACCUCUUCGCUGCUUGUGAUAUUUUAAACGGCCUCAUCAUCCAUCAUCUGCUGGUCUCCGUAAUCCUUCCACGUCUCCCGGAGCAGAGAAACAAGCAGAGGGCGGCGGCUCUGCUCACGACCGCACACCUCCUCAAUCCCCUCAUAUUCACGAUCUCCACCAGGGGGUCUUCUGAGUCCAUCCUCGCUUCACUCGUCCUAGCAACCUUAUUCGCAGCCUUGAAGGAUCGUUGGGACCUAGCAGCUGUUGGCCUCGGCGUCGCGACCCAUUGGAAGGUUUACCCAGUGAUUUAUGGCUUCAGCUGUGUCGCCGCCCUUUCGCAAGGACGCAGUUUGGUCAACCUUCGGGCUGUGAGGUUCACCGUCAUCAGUGCCGGCACGUUCCUUACCCUUGGACUCGUUUGCUAUCUCAUAUGGGGUCAAACGUUCUUGGACGAGGCAUAUCUCUAUCACCUUCACCGUCUCGACCACCGGCACAAUUUCUCCCCAUACUUCUAUUUGACGUACCUCACUUACCCGUCUAAACAUGGCCUACCUGACCCUAUCCCUCUUUGGAGAGCACUCCUUCGGUCUCCCUUGGUCAGUUUUGCGCCUCAAAUGGCCCUCAGUGUCGGAAGUGGUUUCUUAUUCGGUAAACCAAAUGACCUACCCUUUGCUUGGUUCUUGCAAACAGCACUAUUUGUCUUAUUCAACAAAGUGUGCACCUCCCAGUACUUCCUAUGGUAUCUCAUCCUCCUCCCACUCAUUAUACCGCACCUUGCCUUGACCAGAAACCAAGUCAUCGCUUACAUUUCGGUGUGGUUUGGUACCCAGGCGCUUUGGCUGUCCGAGGCAUACAAACUGGAGUUCUUGGGAGGCAACGUCUUUCUCGGACUGUGGGUUCGGAGCCUUGUCUAUGUUCUAGGCAAUGGUUGGGUUCUUGCGGGCUUGAUGAGAGCGUACGUUCGUCGACCCCUCAAGAGCAAUACCUAG